UUCAACGUCUGCCAAACGCUUCGAAACGAAAGUUUACUCUGUGCUGUUUUUGCAAUUUAAAUAUAUCUAAAAUAUAUUAAAAAGAAAUAUUUAGCAAAUAUGCUGAAGCAAGUGAUUGCUGUUCUUUUUGUUGCCUUGUGUGUGAUGCACACGGCCUCGGCCAUCAAGUGCUAUCAGUGCAAAUCCCUGACGGAUCCGAACUGCGCCAAGGAGAAGAUCGAUGCCGCCUCCAAUAUCCGGUCGGUGGAUUGCGAUAUGGUGCCCAAACCGAACACUAUGGAGCAACUGCAGCCAGUGACCAGGUGCAACAAGGUGGUCACCAGUGACCGUGCUGGAAUUGUAUCCCGUGAUUGCCACUUCGAGUCUAUUGCAAAGGACAACGAGUGCACGGUGACGCACAGCCGCCAGGUGGAGAGCUGUUUUACCUGCAAAGGUGAUUUGUGCAAUGCAUCCAGUUCAGGACGCUUUAUUGCUCUGAGUGCAACGGCUCUCUUGGCAAUCUUCGCCCUGCAGAUGUCGUUGUGAAGCCGAAUCCGAUAUCCAGGAAUCUUAUGUAAUAAAUGUUAAUAACAUACCUGUACAAAAAAAAAAGAAAGAAAUGUAAAUUGUUUAA